CGUAUGCAUCCGCUCAGACGGUGUUCUCAAACUCAUUGCCACGCCGGUGGAUCGUUUGCGGGAGCCUUAGUUCUUCUUGAUGGAUGCAUCGUCUCCCAUUGAUAUAUCAUCUUCAGCUUUCGACGACGACCAUGCAUCCUCUCGAACUUCACCGGUCUCUUUCAGCCACAUGUUGGCCGACCAUGGCACGAAUGCCGCCGAUGCGUCGUCUCAAUAUUCAAAAGAGAGAUCCAGUGCAUCUUCGGCUUGCUGGAGAGUCCUCACGGAGGUUUUUGGACAUACCGAAUAUAAGGGAAAACAGAAGGAGAUAGUCGAGGCAGCGGUGCAAGGUGCUGACGUCUUCGUACUUGCACCUACUGGGAUGGGCAAGAGCUUGUGCUUUCAGCUACCAGCUAUAGCUGCCCCAGACGGUCUGACGGUGGUCGUAUCGCCAUUGUUGGCGUUGAUGAAGAAUCAGGUCAACAAACUGCGCUCACUCGACAUCUCUGUUGUCGCAUUGACUUCUGAGACCUCUCAAGAAGAAAGAGCAGAGAUUACGGACGAUCUGGAGUCAGGACAUCCCUCCUACCGUCUCCUCUACAUCAGUCCAGAGAAGUUCUGCACCGCUGAGAUUCGCAAAUUUCUCACUGCCGUUCACAACAAGGGUAAACUGAACCGCCUAGUCGUCGACGAAGCUCAUUGUAUCUCUGAAUGGGGCCAUGACUUCCGUGGAGAGUAUCGCAAAUUAGGGUCCUUCAGGAACAAGUUUCCUGGUAUCCCCAUUAUGGCGUUGACUGCCACUGCCACUCCCGUCGUACAGGAUGACAUAGUACGCAAUUUGAACAUGUCAGAAGAGGAGCUCUUCAAGGUAGUCCAUGCCUUCAAUCGGGCGAACCUCUUCUACGAGGUCCGCUAUAUGUCCUCGCCAGAUCCGGCUUACCACAUGAAGGAUGUACUCGAGUAUAUCCACGGUCUUCAUGAUAGGCGGGGACGACCUUCGUCUGGGAUCAUAUACUGUCGGACGCGAGCGAGAUGCGACGACCUCGCUGCGUAUUUGAGGGGCAAAGGUCUCAACGCACGACCAUAUCACCGGGGUGUCAAGCCUGCACAGCUCGACAGAACCUUGAAGGAAUGGGAGACUGGUGGGUCAGGCGAGGGCGGUGUUGAUGUCGUUUGUGCGACUAUUGCGUUCGGCAUGGGUAUCGACAAGGCGGAUGUGCGGUACAUCCUCCAUUAUGACCUGCCCAAGAGCUUUGAAGGCUACUAUCAAGAAACAGGCCGAGGUGGCCGUGACGGUCAGCCGUCGAAGUGCAUCCUGUUCUACUCCAGGGAGGACGUGGUUAGAGUCCGCAAAUUGGUCACCGGCUCCCAUGAGAGGCGACUAGUUCGCGCGGAGUCGAUGGAUGGGCCUAUGCCUAGUCAAAGAGCCGUCAACAGCUUGGACGCCUUGCUUACUUUCGCAGAGAGCGUGCACGUCUGCAGACACGUGACCAUUUGUCGAUAUUUUGGUGAACAGGUUGACAGCAAUGACCCCGGCGUUUUGAAGGCAUACUGCAAUGGCAUGUGCGACGUGUGCAAGUACCCGGAGAAGACGAGGCGCCGGAAGCUCGAGCUAUCUCCGGACGACCUCGUCAGCUCGCAGACAGCCAUUCUCCACCAGCAAGCGCGCGGCGAAGAUGAUGAUGAUCAACCCCGCGCACGUCCGAAUGUCAACCGCGGCGUGCGCGCGAACUCCGCGGGCACCUCGAAGGACGGAUGGAAGAGCAAUUACCGAGAUGGCGAUAGCGAUCUGGACGUCGGGCCUGUCGUACCGCGAACGGGUCAUCGGGGCGGCAAGGCGGAGUCGUCUCGAGCUUCGUCCUUUGACUCGCGGAAACGCAAGGGGUCCGAUCAGGACGGCUACGGGGGCAGGGCGAAGAAGCCGAAGUCCGUCGCUCAACCGGUUCAGCUGGGCAUGUCGUCGAGGCUCAAGCAGACUAUAAACAAGCCCUUCAAGACACCAUUCAAGUCGUCGUUCCUUCAAGUCCAAGCCGAGCCAUCCCUGGAAGUCGAGGAUACUGACGUUGAAGUCAUCGAGCCGAAGCCAAGUAUCGACAAACGGAAGCCAGCUUCGAAGAGAGCCCCGCAUCCAGCAGUACGAGAGGACUCGCCUGAGUUAGUCGUAGAAGACGGCCCGUAUGAUGAUCACGCUGCGCAGCCGGCACUCGACGCGGACAUCAUCGAGAUAGACUCGGAGUCCGAUGAGGACACGGGUAUCGCGCCGUCAACUCCUCUCCCGCCAACUGAUGUAGAACUCGAUAGCGCAUUCUCGCAGAAGAUCCCGGUCGAAGAUCGCAAGGAAGUGUUCAACCGUAUCCGAGGAGCCCUUCAUGUUGUCUUCAAACCCACAAGUGGCAUUGCAAGCGGUGACUCACUAUGGGGAAAGCUGAAGCUCGCAACGGCUGACUCGGAGACCAAGACCGUGGUGCUAGCCAAGGUCGCGCGGGAACUCGAGUUCUCAGUAUUCUCCAUGUGUACGACAACGGAACGGUACAGGGCGCGAUCCAGGUCCCUAGCCAAGGCCAUCCACCAGCUCGCGAAACCCGGGGUUUGGGAGGGCAAGGCGCGAUGUGACUUCGAUGAGAUUGAGGAUAUCGUCGAUGCUCUGAAGCGCAUCUCCGCGAACGUUCGUCAGAAGGGGAGGAGGUCGUAGUUGCUAGAGACGUUCGCUGAUACGCCCCUGUGCUGCUUUGCUGUCAUGCUAUCGUGAUGCACUAUUGCUUUAGAUUCGGACUGGAACCCUGCACAUUCCCCCAUAGUUUGUAUAGUACUGCGUGUAUAUACAUAGCCCCUCUAAUGACGGAACGAAAUC